AUGGAAGAAGAGGCAUCAACAAGCACGCUUUCUAAUGCAAAGAAUGAAAAUGGAACUGCAGAAGUUUCAGAUUCUUUCGACAGCCAUUGUCAUCCGUUUCCAGCAAACAAACGUCCGAGACUCGGGAACAAUAUUGGUGCAGCCAAUUUAGCCAAAUUCAAAGGGGUUGUUCCGCAGCAAAAUGGACAUUGGGGUGCACAGAUAUAUGCAAAUCAUCAAAGGAUUUGGUUAGGAACAUUUAAGUCAGAGAAAGAAGCAGCAAUGGCUUAUGAUAGCGCAGCAAUCAAGCUACGUAGUGGGGAUUCACAUAGGAAUUUUCCAUGGACAGAUAAGAACAUUCCGGAGCCUGAUUUCCAAACCCAGUACAGCACAGAAGCAAUUUUGAACAUGAUCAGAGAUGGAUCUUAUCAACCGAAAUUCGCUGAUUUUCUUAGGACACAAUCAGGAAGACAAGAACAAGCUGGUGCAAGUUUUAAUAAUCAAACAAAAGUGCCUGGUAGUGAUCAUGGGCAGUUCUCAUGCAUACAGCUUUUCCAAAAGGAACUAACACCAAGCGAUGUAGGUAAGCUUAAUAGACUUGUAAUACCUAAAAAAUUUGCAGUCAAGUAUUUUCCUUAUAUAAGUGGAAAUGGGGAAGAAGAAGGAGAAGAAGAAGAAGAAAAGGUGGUGGGAGCUCCAAGUGUAUUAGAUGAUAUAGAACUUGUAUUUUAUGACAGGUUAAUGAAAUGCUGGAAGUUUAGGUAUUGUUAUUGGAGAAGUAGCAAAAGUUUUGUAUUUACAAGGGGUUGGAAUAGGUUUGUGAAGGAAAAAAAUUUGAAGGAAAAGGAUAUUAUUACAUUUUAUGCAUGUGCAUCUCCAGAUAAUAGGGUGCAAGAAGGUCAGAAUUUUUCAUUAAUUGACAUAAGUUAUAGCAAUGGACAAGUUGUGGUUGAUGGGAAUAACCAGAUGGAGGAGAUGCAAAAGGAACUUGAAUUGAGAUUGGGACACACUAUUAGAAGAAGAUUACAGAAAGAUGAUCGUGUGAAAGAGAUUAAUGGGUUGAAAGAAUUAGAAUCAAAAAAUAAUAAUAAUAAUAAUAAAAUGAAAGGAAAAGGGUUGAGGCUUUUUGGUGUGAGGAUCGACUGA